CAUAUCGAACGCACAAACAUGGAAUGCAACACAACCGUCUCCUUCAAUUCAUAACCCCUUUCCAUGCAAAUGCAAAUGCCAAUGCAAAACCCUAAUCACAUUGCAAUUUGGCAUCCAAUUAAUUAGGAGAUAUGAAGAAAGGCCUUUUCAAGCAAAAGCCCAAAACACCAGUGGAGCUUGUGCGCCACGCGCGAGAACUUCUCAUUUUUGUCGACAACAAAACCGGAACUUCUCGUGAAAGCAAGCGCGAAGAGAAGCUUUCAGAACUAAGCAAAACCAUAUUCGAGAUAAGGACCUGUCUCUAUGGAAACGGUGAAUCGGAGCCAAAUCCCGAUGCAUGUACUCAGAUCACUAUCGAGUUUUUCAGAGAGGACACGUUUCGCCUUCUUAUCCUCUCUCUGCCCAAUCUCAAACUCGGGGCUCGUCAAGAUGCGACUCACGUGAUUGCAAAUUUGCAAAGGCAACGAGUUAAUUCGCGACUAGUUGCUUCUCAGUAUCUGGAAAACAACUUGGAUAUUGUGGAUAUGGUGCUGCAUGCCUAUGAAGAAGGUGGUGACAUUGCUUUGACAUAUGGUGCGGUUGCAAGGGAGUGCAUGCGCCACCAGUGCGUAGCGAGGCAUGUCUUGGAAUCAGAGCACAUGAAGAAGUUUUUUGAAUUCGUUCAACUACCAAAUUUUGAAAUAGCAUCAGAUGCUGGUGCAACUUUUAAAGAGCUAUUAACAAGGCAUAAGUCUACUGUCGCGGAAUUUCUUUCUAAAAAUUAUGACUGGUUUUUUAAAGAGUACAAUCAGCUGCUUGAAUCUACCAGUUAUUUCACUAGAAGACACGGUAUAAAGUUAUUGGGGGAUAUGCUAUUGGAUCGCUCGAAUUCUGCAGUAAUGGUCAGAUAUGUGAGCUCGUUAGGUAACAUGAGGAUCCUCAUGAAUCUCCUAAGAGAUUCUAAUAAGACAAUUCAACUCGACACUUUUCACGUUUUCAAGCUAUUUGUUGCAAAUCAAAAUAAGCCUCCUGAGAUUGUCGGCAUACUUGUUACAAACAAACAUAAGCUUCUGCAAUUUUUGGGCAACUUCAAUACUGACAAAGCGGACGAGCAAUUUCAAGCAGAUAAACAACAAGUAAUUAGCGAGAUAAUCGCUCUUCAACACAAGGAUCGUCCAUGUACAUCUCUGGACAAUUGUGAAGUGUCAUGUUGAGUACUUCGUACCCGAAUUUCCAGUUAUCUUCCACUUUCUGAGUCCCACUUUACUAUGUGAUAAUGUGAAGUCUCGUUGGCUCGCUUGCUUCUUUUCUU